AUGGCUUCGCGACCCGCAAGGCACGACAUUACCCACCCCAGCGAGGCCGACGCGAACGUAAGCGCCCUUGCGUCCAUUGGCAACCUUCUUCCCUUUCAGAAGCACAUCAUCCGCUCCCUGAUCCCUGCGCCCAGCGGAGGACGCCGUGAAGACGACUCGGAGCGGCUGGGAAGCUCGUCGGAUGAGGACCAGGAUGACCCAGACGCUCUCUUGGUCAUGGCCCGGGGACUGGGCAUCCGCUCAAUCGUCGCCAGCAUCCUCAGGCUGUAUGACGGCCCGCAGCACCUCGUCGUCAUUGUCAAUGCCAGCGCCGAAGAGGAGAAGGGACUGGGUGACGAACUGACGACGAUGGGUGUGCGCAAGCCUGGCCUCCGAAGUAUCGGACACGAGACGACUGCGAAAGUGAGACAAGAGCUCUACCUAUCAGGUGGCCUUCUCAGCGUCACUUCAAGGAUUCUCGUCGUAGACAUGCUCAACAAGAUGAUCCCCACCGAUCUCAUCACGGGACUCGUGGUCCUGCAUGCAGAGAGAAUCUCGCCGACAUGCGUCGAAAGCUUCAUCGCACGGAUCUUUAGACAGGAAAACAAGGAAGGAUUUAUCAAGGCGUUCUCAGACGAGCCCGAGCACUUUGCCGGUGGUCUGAGCCCACUGCAGACGGUGCUGGGCCAAUUACACAUGCGCCGCGUCGAGCUGUGGCCUCGCUUUCACAAGAACAUCAUUCGCGACUUGGGAAAGCGAAGGGCCGAUGUCAUUGAGCUGCAUCAGCCCCUGUCGCGAUCGAUGAGGAACAUUCAAAACGCAAUCGUAGAGUGCUUAGAUGCCACGCUUGGUGAGCUCAAGCGAGGCAGCUCCACUAUCGACGUCGAUGACUGCACCGUCGAGAAUGCAAUUUUUAGAGCCUUUGAGACCAUCGUUCGCAGGCAGCUUGAUCCCGUGUGGCAUCGGCUAGGUCCCAAGACGAAGCAGCUCGUCAACGAUCUUCGAACCCUGCGCUCUCUGUUGACCUAUCUGAUCACGUACGAUUCUGUCACCUUUCACUCCUAUCUUGAGACGAUCUUGGCCUCCCAAUCAAGCGGAAGCAGCAGCAUCCCAGGCGCGCCCAAGCAGAAUCAAAGCCCGUGGCUGUUCAUGGAAGCGGCAAACGUCAUCUUUCGCGAGGCAAAGGCCCGUGCCUUCAUUGGUGAUGUGAAGAAGCAACCGAGCUCGCAGCAAUCCGAAUCCAACGAUGGUAUCAGCAUGGAGGAAGAGGAAGCCGCUUUUGGUCCUUCGACGUCCUCAGCUGCCGUCCGACCGUGGUGGUUGCCACCGGGAGUGGAACCCACACUCGAGGAGCUGCCCAAGUGGCAUCUUCUCCGAGAGGUCCUCGAUGAGAUCGAACAGGACAUUCAUUGGACGGAUACAGACUUGACUGGUAACAAAACCAAUACGAUCUUGAUCAUGACGCAGACAGAGAGGACAUGCUCACAGCUGCGCGACUACGUCUCGUCUAUGGAUGCGUCGAUCUUGGGAGGCGCAUCGAGGGAAGAGGAUGCGACACCCGGGCGAAAAUUGAUGGAGAAGCAGCUUCGUAAUUACUUUCUUUGGAAGGGUGGCCUGGGCAACAUGAACAGCAAUCUGAGAACCACGGCCGAUGUUGCACCACAGCCGGGGACAAGCAACACCAACGGAGACGCGUCCCGAGGAGCGCAAGGCCAAUAUGAAAGCGAAGGACUGAAAAGGAAAGAAGUCUGGGAGAGAGGUCGCGCUCCACCUAACAAGAGACGGCGACAGAGGGGAGGGAGCACCGCUGCCAGCUCUGCGACCAGUCAAGGCGACUUGCGAAGUGCACCCGAAGCCCUCGAAUCAGAAGCCAACAGCUUGGCCCAGUUCAUGGACAGCGCAGCGCAAAGGAAUGAAGUGGACGAAGAAGCGGAACAACCAGCCGAAGGAGCGAUCAAUUCGGAAUCUUCUGCCGAUACCUUCACGCAGGUCGACUUUGACAACUAUUUUGGCCUUCUCGAUAUGAGCGAUCUCGUCGUGGUACGACCAUAUAGUGGUGAUGAUGAUGACCGGAAUCUCGAGGAGCUGCAGCCUCGCUUCAUCGUUAUGUAUGAUCCGGAGCCAUCCUUUGUUCGCAGAAUCGAGGUAUACCGGAGCACACACCCGCAUGUCAGCAUCCGCGUGUACUUUCUCAUGUACGCCGAAUCAGUCGAGGAGCAGCGCUACCUCAGCAGCCUCCGUCGCGAGAAGGACAGCUUCGAGCGACUCAUCCGAGAGAAGUCGAUGAUGGCGUUGCCAUUGCAAGCCGACGGAAGGCCCGCAGAGCAGUCUUCCGAUGAGAGGCUCUUGCGUACCAUCAACAGCCGAUUGGCAGGUGGCCAGAGGACCGCCACGUCUGAACCGCCACGAGUCAUCGUCGACCUACGUGAAUUUAGAUCGAGCCUCCCGUCGAUGCUCCAUGGUGCCGGCCUCCAGGUUGUGCCCUGUACGCUGCAGGUGGGCGACUACAUCCUCACCAGCGACAUGUGCGUCGAGCGAAAGAGUCUGUCGGACCUGAUCCAGAGCUUCAAUUCGGGACGACUCUACACCCAGUGCGAGCUCAUGUCGGUCCACUACCAGCAUCCGAUACUCCUCAUCGAGUUCGAUCAGGAUAAAUCCUUCUCGCUCCAGUCGAUGAACGAGGCAAAGGGCAAGAUUGUCUCUCGUGCGAUUACGACAAAGACCAAGUCGCAGGACGUAGACAUCCAGUCGAAACUUGUACUCUUGACGAUCGCCUUUCCUCGAUUGAGAAUCAUCUGGUCCAGCUCGCCCUAUGCCACAUCGGACAUCUUUGCCGAGCUGAAAAACAACUAUGACGAGCCGGAUCUCGACAAGGUGGCCGCCGUCGGUCUCGACGAAAACUCCUCUUCCUCUGCCUUUUCGGAGAAUUCGCUGAACAUGACGCCACAGGACAUUCUCCUCUCUCUACCAGGCAUCACGACGAAGAACUUCAGGCUCGUGUCCAACUCGGUCAGAGACCUUGCAGAGCUCUUCGAGCUCGAGCUCGACGAGAUUCAACACCUCAUUGGCAUCGAAGCGGGCAGAAAGCUCUUCGAAUUCUGCAACAAGAACGUCAGGGGCAGACUCCCUGCGCUGUGA